AUGUUCGACCGUAGGCCAGCCACUCUGGGUCGGGAUGUGGGGCGUAUGGUGCGGUCGGGGCAGGACUUCUUGUCACCAGAGAUCGUAGACCUGAUGGUUAGCGCUAGCACCAGGAGUACCGUGGGGUCACCGCCACUCCUUGCGGAUACGGCAGGCGUCGACGUGUUCGCGGUCAUCGCCAAGGCCUACCACAGGCUCAGGAGGCACGACCUCACGCUGCAGCUGUGCGAGGCCUUUGAGGAGAGCACGGGGGAGCCUCUCGUGCCGUCGACGCCGCAGGGCUUGGUCUGGCUGCUGGGCGCUAUGCGGCGGAGGAGCACAACGGCUCCACGUUCCGGGAGGCGGCCUGGGAGGCAUGACAGGGAGGGGGAGGGGGGACGAGAGGUGAAGGAGGUGCUGAGGCGGUACGAGGAGGGGGGCAAGGACGUUCCUGUGGUAGCGUACAAGGCUGCCGUCGAGGCUCUCGCUGGCUGUCACUGCACGGUGGCGUUAGAAAUGGCCCAAGAAGCCCGCUCGAAGCUCGGAGACUCAGCAGAGGGGCUGUGUGAGGUGUAUGUAGCAGUGAUGAAGCAGUGUAUUGAGCAGCAAGAGCCUGACGUGAUGCGAGACGUCCUCGAGGAGAGAAUACAAGCAGGCGGGACCAUGGCUCCGGAUGCACGUGCUUAUGAGCUAGCCCUGGGAUGCCUGGGAAAGGCGAGACGCAUGUCUGAAGCUCUGGAGCUGUUUGGCGAGAUGCUGGAGUCGGGGGUACAGCCUAACGCCAUCGCGAUCAACCACAUGCUGUCGGGCUGUGCCAGAGACGCGGACAAGUUCUGGAGACAUGCCAACACCAUUUUCGAGGGUAUGGCGCAGCGAUGGGGGGUGGCACCAAACGUCUACCACUACACGUCCCUUGUUACCUGUCUUCUGAAGGCCGGCCAGUGGAGCGAGGCUAUCGCAUUGACGGAUAAGAUGGAGGGUGAGGGCAUUCCCCCCAACUCGCGCUUCCUGGACCACAUGAUGCAAGCUAGCGUGGCUGCCAAGCAGUGGGUAACCGCGGAGGCGAUAUUUCGAGCCAUGACGGAGAAGUACGGGCACUCGAACGUCGUCACCCGCCAGAGCACAAUGGAUUUCAUACAGUCAAUGGUGAUGCAGAAGAAGCUGCGAAAGGUUAUUUCGUACGUGGCUAGGAUUCAAGACUUGCCCUUGAAAGGACCCUCUCGCUCCAAAGGACGAAAAAACACGAUGGACACCGCUCUUCUCAAGUGGUUCAGGGCCAUCCCAGGCGUCAGCUCCGAGGCGAUGGCGGGUGUCCUGAUGACAAUGCUCGACAAGGGCGUCCGGCUGCACCCGGAUUCUUACAGCGUCGUUAUCUCCAAAGCUAACCAGGACGGCAACAAGGAGCUCUCGGGAACGCUGUACAAGAUGCUGCUAGCCGCUAAUGCCGCUCCGUCGCUCAGCGCGGCAAACGCGGCUAUCAAGGGGAGUGCGACCAUCGAUGAAGCGCUGGCGACGGUGGAGACUUUACGAGAGCAGGGGCUAUCGCCGGACAAGUUUACUUUUGCGGCGCUUCUUCACUGCUGCAGCGCCGCCGUCGGAGACGACCUACAGGGGCAACGAGCAACCGAGGUGUGGGAAGCGAUGUGCGGCGAGGGUAUUCGUCCCCACGGAGGGAUGCUAGCCUCGUACCUCUUGUCCCUCAUGAGGUCCGCAGACUGGAAGACUGCUCUCGACGUUCGAGAAAGGUAUCGCGGCGAUGAGGAGGAAUUUCAGCUGUCUCACGCGGAGAGGCACGUCCACAAGCUGGACUUUGUCGCCAGGGAGGAGGCCGUGGUAGACGGUGUUGUGGCCAACGGGCUCGUAGAUAACAAACAGCCCGACCUGGCGUUGGCGUACGUGCUGGAAGUCCUCAAGGCUCGGGAGGAGGAGGGUGCCAGCGACAUCGGCAGCGAUAGCGACUUGAAGCACUUCAUCGACGAGGACAAUCACACUGUUCUCGCGGGCAUAAGAGCUUGCAAGCAGGUCGGCUCGUGCGAGACCGCCAUGGGUUUGCUAGAGGCCUGUGAGGCGAGAUGGGCGAGGGGGCCUCUGGAGCGGGAUGCGGGGAGAGGGGAUGGGGGUGAGGAAGGGCAGUGGGCCCAGCACGAGUGGCGACAGAUGCUGGUCAGAACAAGACUCUCCAGGAGACGGUUGUACGACUGCUUGAUUUCCGUGCUGGAUGAGAAGGAUCACGACUUUGGCGACAUUCGACGGGUGCUGGAGAGAGGCAUGAGGAACGGCGCCGUGUCGUUGAUGAAAGACCAACAAGGUGGCACGUCGGCGGAUCAGGCGGUGGACUUCCACGGCUGGUCCACGCGAAGCGCCGGGUGCAUCGUCCGCUGCAUCAUCGAAGACCUCACCCUUGGCCAGGACUUCCUCCAUCGAACGGGCCAGUACGACCUCGGCCGAGCGGCCCUCGCACAGGGCCUGCGGGAAUUCGGCAACGUCAGCGAUAGGUGGCACGUUGACAGUCCCGACCCCAGGGGCAGGCGGCGGGAGUUCGCCGACGGUGUGACUCCGGCCCGGUUCGCGGAACGAGAGUAUGGUAAAGGCCGGAAACGGAAUCCCGAAAGCACGCCGCGUUGGGUGAAACCCGAGGGGGGCUGGGACGGAUGUGGGUCCGACGAGAGUCAAGCCAGGUGGUGGGAGAAGCAGAAGCGCUUGUCCCUGGUUGUGGGGAGGCCUAGACCGCCCCCGUGCAUCCGUAACGCGGUGGAGGAGUUCUGCAUGCUGGGGGUGUCCCCGCCCCUUAGGGUGCAGAAGGCGGCGUCCAACCCCGGGAUCUUGACCAUCGAGCCGGAGGACGUGCAGGCGUGGUUGGGGCGAAAUCCGCGCAUUUUGUCGUGAUUUUUUUUUGUUAGUUGUGUUUUUACACGUCGGCGGCGGUGUCCUUGCAAACUGGUGUGGUGGUGUGUACGUCAUGGACGUGGCAACCGAGAAUGUGCAGCGUGAUGUGAUGUGGACAAUGAGGCCUAUCAAAGUGCUGCUGCCAGACGAGUGUUUUGAACGGAGGUUUGGGAGAGUAAACACACCCGUGUGUCUCGUGUGCUUGGUCGAAGGUUUGGACUUGGAUUUGCGUGCCUGUGGGCAACGAGUAUCCUGUAUUCUGGAUGCUUCCGUACGAGCGCUCUGCCGGUUGAAGACUUUGAGAUGCAUAGCGGGAAUUUCUUUUAGAGAUGCUGCUGAUGGUCGCGAGCGUACCGGGGACGUUUGCUGGUGUUGCUGUCUGCUGAGCGUUGGACAAUGGACAUGACGGUUGGCGAUCCCACUACACUAUUGAUAGGUGCAUCGAUGGUAUCAAAAACUUGCUCAGGCUGAAGGUUGCCCUGCUGCGUGGUAUACAGGCAUCAAUAAACGCCUUUGUU